AUGUUCAUGUGGUUGAGCCUAGUGGCGGAUGUCUUUCGUGACGAGGCACCAGCGUUUGAAGACGACGUUUGGGAGAUAAUCUCUCGACAGCCUCCUUCUGUUGCGAAAUUGAAUCGACAAGAUCUCGAGAUCAUACUCCGACAUGCGAAAACUUUUGCUGACCCAGUAGUCUUUAUUGAGCCGAUCCUCAAUGUCCUUCGUUGGUCGGUUUGCACGCGCAGGCCGUUGAGUGUCGAUGAGCUAGAGAUCGCGUUUAGCAAGCACGGCCUCAUACAGGCCCGAAUUCAGCAGUACCUUGGGUCAUUCUUACGAGCGGAUAUAAACGGGACUGUCAACACCAUUCACGAGACAGCAAGUGCCUUCAUCUUCGACAAUGCAUCCGCUGUCACAAACGUUGGCGGGAAGAUUAUGGCUUGCGAGGCUUCAGUCGCGCACCGCAACAUGGCCAAGACUUGCCUGAGGGCUCUGAACUUGUCUGAAAAGCGACUGCAGACUUCUGAACAGGCAUACUGGAGAAGCCUUGCGAGCACAUACAACUUUGUCAUCCAAGAGAGGGAUCCUCCCGAGGCUAUUGUUCGAGAGCUGGGCGAGCGAUUCAGCGACAAAUUCCCUCCGUGUCGUGAUGAUGGGUUUCUGGGCUACGCAGCAAGCGGCUGGUACCAUGACUUUGUCAGAUGUGAACCAGACGAUGCACUUGCGCGACUUUUGCAGCUCCGAAUUUAG